UAAACAACGAAGAUUGUGAGGAAACAAAAUACGCAACGACAUGAAAUUACUAAUAAAUAUGAUAGUAUAGUUGGAUGUUCUGUUAACCUAUGAAAAACCCAAUGGCAAUGUUAUCGAACUUGAAACUAAGAAGCCUUCGUUUUCACCGGACGUCGAAAAUUUAUAUUUUCAUUAUAGCAGUUAUAAAUGUAUAUGUUUUCAUGCAUAUCUUUUGAAAAGACCAAUAUGCAAAGAUAAUAUCCAAACAUGAACAAAGAGCAUCGUGUUUUCACUAAUGGUAUUGAUAUUAUCCACCUUUCAUUUUUCUUUCUAUUAUUUGCUUUAAAUGUUCACCAAAAUCGUUAAGUCUAUUUUUUCUCAUUCAAGCAUGUUCAAGCCUCAAUCCUUUUCAUAACAGGGAGGUGGCCGCAGCUGCCGGAAGUGGUGAGCGAAAGACAACGUUGUUUCUAUCAGUGCUCUAAAGAAAUGAUAUGAUUUAACUCGCCGACCAGCUGAGAUGUCGAACUGUGGCUAUUUUUGUCAUGCUAAGUGCUGAAAUGUGAAUCAAAAGCAAGACGUGGGUCCCUCAGAUGGGACUCAAAAUAUUUCAACCUUGUGCUUGUGAAACGAAGCAAUGGAAAUUAUGAAGAAGACAACAAUUUCAGCUAUUGUUGUUCUUAUGACAUUUUCUUUAUUUUUCUUUGCUAUGUUAGUAUGUCCGGGAAAACAAUGUUCUACUUCUACUGUAGUAAAUAAAGCAAUUCCCAAUGAAGAUCAAGCGAGCAAUGAAGAUUUACCUAUCCUAAGAGGAACACGAAGACUUAUAUCGCGGGCUUUUAACAUUAGCACUCAUGAUGUGAUGGUCGUGCUACACAUCCAGAAAACUGGAGGAACUGUAUUUGGUAAGAAUUUAGUUCAGAAUCUAAAACUUCAGCGACCGUGUGAAUUCAGAGAAGAUAAUAUCUAUGAAUGCAAACGGCCUGGUUCCAAUCAAGUUUGGUUGUAUUCUCGAUAUUCUACUGGUUGGAUCUGUGGUACCCAUUCCGGUUUCACCGAACUUGCUUCAUGUAUGCCGGAAAUUUUACGAAAACAGAGUCUGGCUCCGUUGCGCUCAAAUCGGAUAUUUUACGUGACAUGGCUGCGUGAUCCCAUUGAACGGUUCUUGAGUGAAUAUGGACAUGUAAGACGAGGUGCUACGUGGAAAACAGCGAAACAUGUUUGCAACGGCAAGCAAUACACGUUACCUAAAUGUUAUCGCGGUGAUAACUGGCGUAAUGUUAGUCUGAAAACUUUCCUAAACUGUCCGUACAAUUUAGCAUUUAACAGACAAACGCGGAUGAUGGCCAAUAUUAGUCAAGUCGGAUGUUAUGGAGGUGGAGAUUCAAAUGAAAAACAGAAAGCAAUGUUACGAAGUGCAAAGAAAAACCUAAGAAAUUUUGCCUUUAUUGGCCUUGUUGAGUAUCAAAAAGAAAGCCAAUUUAUUUUCGAACAGACGUUUGGUUUAGAAUUUCGCGAACCGUUUGUACAACGAACCCGAACAUUUAGUAAGACCACGCUAAAUCGCUUGUCGCCAGGGGAGAUUCGAAAGAUCCAACUCACAAAUAGACUUGACAUGCAACUUUAUGAGUACGCGAAAGAUUUAUUCCUGCAAAGAUUGGAAUAUUUCAAAACACUGCCGUUGAAAAAGAAGCCGACUGCUUGAUAUUAGCAUAUAGACGUGCACAGCAAGAUAUAAUAAACUGAUAAAUUUAUUUAUGAAUCCGAGCAGAUCGAUUAAUUGUAGUGUCAUACACCAGUACAAAAUUGAUCGUUGAAAUGUAAAUAGUCAAUAGACAAUAGUUGUAGGUUUUCGCUUGCAUGAAUACUGUAAAAUUGUACUGAAGGUGGUGAUUGGAUGCAUUGUAUUCACUUGAGUCGUUAUUCUAAUCUAAUGACUUAAAAGCUGAGUACAAAUGAUAUAAGAUCUGAUGACAAAUUUAUUAUUUCAAAUAAAUGUGCGUAAACAUAGGCUUAUAAUGAUAAACAAACUGUCACCUUAUCAUACAU